AUGGCUUCUAUAAUGGAGAACGCUUCGAUUGAGUCUGCAGCUGCAGUUGUUGUCAAUCAUCCCUAUUACCCCCUCGAGAUGGAAAUAGCUAGCUAUCUGGCAAAUGAAUGGACUGUGCCUACUCUCCUGAGCGUUUUCUUUGGUGCUUGUGCAGUAUUGUUCUUGUGUACUCGCACUUUUGUUGCUAGAUCAUAUCCUCAUCUGCCAAGUGCUGAGAAAGCUGCCAUAUGGUGGUUGGUUUUAUCUGGCGCAAUCCAUCUCUUUUUCGAAGGAUACUUUUCGCUCCAUCACACCAAAAUUAUCAAAGACCAACAAUUGUUGGGACAACUGUGGAAGGAAUACGCCCUUAGCGAUAGUCGAUAUUUGACAUCCGAUCCUUUCGUCCUCUGUAUGGAAACAGUAACAGCGUUUUUAUGGGGACCUAUGUGCUUUACCGUUGCGGCCUUUAUCGCAACUCGUCAUCCACUUCGACACCCCCUACAAAUCAUUGUAACUGUAGGACAAAUCUAUGGACUUGUUCUAUAUUAUGCGACUCACACUUUUGAUUAUUAUCACAAAGAAGUCAAUUAUUCCAGGCCAGAAUUUCUAUACUUUUGGUUCUACUAUUUCUUCAUGAAUUUCCUCUGGAUGGUCUUUCCAGGCAUGCUCCUCGUCGAUUCGGUACGUACUAUCGCGCGAACCUUUACAGAGCUCGACCAGGUCAAGAACACUCGAAAAGUCAAUGGUUUUGCAAAGAAAGGCCAAUAA